CCUUCCCCCCCGUCGGAACCGGCGGCCGAACCUCCGCGUUAAUUGAUCGCUAAUUGGGUUGCCGGGCAUGGCGGCGCGGGGCGGCCCCGGGCGCCGGGGACUGGCGGGCACGUCCCCGUCCCCGGUCACGUCCCCGGUCACCACGCUGGCCCGGGACAUGGGCAAUCUGGCGGGGCUGGGCAGCCCCUGGGACACCCCGAAGCAUGGGGUAGCCUCGGCCCCCUCCCGGGACUCCGUCUCCUCCGAGGCCAUGGACGCGGGAGUGGGGCUGGACUCCCCCGGGGAGGAGGACCCCACGGCGCUGGAGGAAGCCUUCGAGAAAGCAGUGCUGGAGUGCAGGAGAGCUCUCAAAGACAACAAGUUCUUUAUCCAGAGGAUCAGCUCCUUGCCGACACAGCUCCAGGGGUCCAGCCCGGUCCUGAGGAACAUCUCCCACUCCCGGGAGUUCAACAGCCGCAGGGCCAGCGAGGACGGGGGCCGGAGGGAGCCUGAGGACAAGGAAGGGUUUGUCUUUAAGAAGCCGCAGAGGCCGGGUCAGCGCAGCCAGCUUCCUGCCAGCGAUGGGGCUGCGGGCAGGGACUCCUUCGCCCAGAGACCCGGCUCCGCACCCAGCCUGCUGUUUGACACCCCAGAGAAGGAGAAUGUCCCCAAAGGAGAGAGCCCCAUCAUACUGCGCCGGUGCUCCUUGACCUCCUCCAUGUCUGAGGAGGAAGAUGAUGGCUUCAUGGAGAUCCUGGAUGAUGAGGAGAUGAAGAGCAACGCUGAUGUGCCACAGGGGAUGGAGAACCUGCUGACCGCACCACUGGUGAGGAAGGAGGAGACAGAGCUGUGUCGCACAAAGCGCAGCAAGUGCCGGCAGCUCUUCCGCUCGCCCUCGAUGCCCAGCAGCGUCAUCAGGCCCAUCCUGAAGCGGAUAGACCGGCCCCAGGACAAGGACACCCCUGUGAAGGCCAAGCGGCGGAGGAGUGUGGCUGGUACCCCUGGCGAGGAGGCGGCAGAGCCGAAGGCACGGCUGCUGCGUUCUAAGUCCUUCUGCCAGGAGGAGAUCGAGAACCUGCUGGCCAACGACCACCAGGAGCUCAUUGGGGACUUCUCCAAGGCUUAUCUCCUCCAGACGGUGGAGGGGAAGCACCAGGACCUGAAGUACAUUUCCCCUGAAAUGAUGGUGGCGGUGCUGACGGGGCAGUUCAGCAGCCUCAUUGAGAGCUGCGUGAUCGUGGACUGCAGGUACCCCUAUGAGUACGAAGGAGGCCACAUCAAGGGAGCCAUCAACCUGCCGAUGGAGCAGGAUGUGGAAGAGUUCCUGCUGAAGAAGCCCAUUGUGCCCUUUGAUGCCAGCAAGAGGGUGAUCGUCAUCUUCCACUGCGAGUUCUCCUCUGAGAGGGGGCCCAGGAUGUGCCGGUUUGUCAGGGAGAAGGACCGAGCCUGUAAUGAGUACCCCCACCUCCACUACCCUGAGCUCUAUGUCUUGAAGGGAGGGUACCGGGAGUUCUUCCCCCAGUACCAGACACACUGCGAGCCGCAGGACUACCGCCCCAUGCACCACAAGGACUUCAAGGAGGAUCUGUGCAAGUUCCGCCUGAAGAGCCGCACUUGGGCAGGCGAGCGCAGCAAGCGGGAGCUCUACAGUAGACUCAAGAACUUCUGAUGGACCUCCCCCAGUCCCCCACCUGCCCUGGGGGGCAUCUACAGCCCCACACCUUCCCCAGGGGCUGCCAUUGGGCAACAUCCCCUAGCUCAAAACCUGGCCACCCCCAACCCUCCUCCACAGGGUGCCUCAGUAGUGGCGGGGUGGGGUAUGGUUGUGGUUUUACUUUUUUUUUUUUUUUUUUUACCCUAAAGAGGGUAAAAAAUGGGGUUAGGUUUUACCUUAAGUGGGGGCUGUAGUGGGGGUGCCUGGGGCUGCUCCAUCCAGGCUGUAAGUCACUGCCAGGUUCAGGCUUGCUCUGGGGAGGGUGUGCAGAGCUGUGGUGGGUGCAAGCUGCCUCCCCAGCUCUUGCCUCCCUGGCAGUAGGCUGGCAUGCUGUGGGGCAGCCCCCCAGCCCUUCCUCUUGCACCCUGAGCUGCGGGGAGCCUGUGCCAGCUCUGGGAAAGCCACGGGGCUGCAGCAUAUCCCUCCCUGAUCCCUGGGGAGGGGGUAUGGAGCUGGGAAGGAUUUCCCACCCCCACCCUCAGGGGCUUAACCAGAACUGUUCCAGAAAAGCACUUAAACCUCAUUUGCAGCUGGUGGGUGCCCUUCUCUGCUUGGGGUAGAGGCAAGCAGGUGCUGCAGGAGGUGCACCCCUUGUUGUAAUAGUCACAGACUGCAUCAGCCUGGGUUUGGUUGGGGGGUUUAUUUGGUGGUGGCUGGGAUUUGUUUCCCUUCCCCUCCCCCCCUUAUUUAAAGUAGUUUGUUUUUUUUUAAGCCAGCAGUGGUGAACUUUGGGGGAUGGAGGGUUGUCCCCCCACUCUGGAGCUGGGCAGGGUCCCAUAGGGUCAAGCACUUGCCUGCCAAAGCAGGGUGAGCUGGAGGGGAGGGAGAUGUUUCCUUGGCUGGGGGCUGCCACCAUCGUGCUGCACCUGUUUGUCUUGUUAAAGUUUUAUGUUGUGUUGAGUGUUUUUCAUACUCCUGGCUAAUUAAAUCCUUCGGGAGCCAGAA